AUGUCCCCCGCCGCCCUCGACAACGCCAAUCCGACGGUCCUGAACGCCUCGGAGCUGCCCACGCGCAAGCACAAGGUCGCCCCCCGGCGCGGGCCCGACUCCAAGUACACCGACAUUAUAUUUGCGCGGCCCUCGUACCUGUCGACCCCGUUCUGCGGUGACGACUACGGCGCGGCCAUUGCCUGGCCCCGCGGCGGUAGCGGCGGCGCCGAUGAUGGCUUCUCUGACGAUGCCACACCCGAGCCGAUUGAUGAGCAAGAAAUUUACGACCUCAUCUCCACCAUUACCGACCCCGAACACCCCGUCUCGCUCGGCCAGCUUUCCGUCAUCAACCUCGCCGACAUUCGGCUAACACCUUUGCCCUCUUCUUCACACACCGCCGUCUCCGACUACAACGAAAACAAUAACAACAGCGACACGCUCAUUGACGUGUUUGUCGAGAUUACGCCGACGAUUACGCACUGCUCGCUCGCGACGAUCCUCGGGCUCGCGGUGCGCGUGCGGCUGGAGCAGGCGCUGCCGCCGAAUUACCGCGUCGACGUGCGCUGCAAGGAGAGCUCGCACGUGCAGGACGACCAGGUGAACAAGCAGCUCGCGGACAAGGAGCGCGUGGCGGCGGCGCUGGAAAAUGACUCCCUCAGGGGCGUGCUGGACAAGAUGCUCGAGACGUGCUACUGA